UUGAAAGGUCUUUGGAUACUAUGCGCGAAACUGUCCCAAUAUCAAUAUUUUCUUUACCUCUCCAUAGUUUUUGUUGAGGAAAAAAAGAAAAGGAAAAAAAGAAGAAAGUGCUGGUCACAUGAUCUAUAGUAGGGCGGGGCUAAUGUUCGCUCGAGGAGUUCUUGCUCGAAAAACAUGGACCAAAAGAUUCCGUACGAUGAUUAUCAACUGCCAGUAGUGUUUCUUCCUUCCUAUGAGAGCCCUCCUGCAUGGAUCCCUCCACAAGAGAGGAUACAUCACCCUGACUACAACAAUGAGCUCACUCAGUUUCUACCUCGCACUGUAGUGUUAAAAAAGCCGCCCGGUGCACAACUGGGCUUCAAUAUCCGUGGAGGAAAGGCCUCCCAGCUUGGUAUAUUUAUUUCAAAGGUGGUGCCAGAUUCAGAUGCCCAUAGGGCAGGACUGCAAGAGGGCGAUCAGGUCCUUUCUGUCAAUGAUGUGGACUUUCAAGACAUUGAGCAUUCAAAGGCUGUAGAGAUUUUAAAGACUGCAAGAGAGAUUUUGAUGAAUGUUCGAUACUUCCCUUACAAUUACCAGCGGCAGAAGGAGAGGACUGUACACUAGAUGGCAGAGCUGGCCUUCAUGACUGAACCGGUUCAGUAACGCAGCUGAUGAGGUGUUGGUGUAUCAGCGAAACCUUCAGCUGCUCUGAAUCAUCUUCCUCCCACUAACUAUCUUCUCUGACUAAGAGACUGCUCAAAGAAAUCAUCUUCAAACACUUCACGACAUGCUCCUUCACCCAUAGUGGUGAUUUUGAGCUGUGCCAAAAUUUGAAUGCAGCUGGUGAAAUUUUCUGAUACUUUCCCCUAUUCUGUUUUCUCAUCUCUAGGAAAAUGUAAAUAUUCUAUGAGAUAUGUCAUGCGUAUGAAAAGAAAACAUGGCAGAUGUGUUAUUUAUUGAAUGCAAUGACUAUAGGUGGUUACAUCCUGAAUAAAUUAUGAUCUGCUAUUGAUAUCUUCA